AUGAUCAUAAAAUACAGCCAAUCGGGUGUGAAACCAUCGCGGAACGUUUCCUGUUACGUCAUUUUUCGAAAUAACCUUUGCUCGAAGUUUUCACUACUCUCAUUUUAAAAAAUUCUUCUUCAAAAGCCUCAAAGCCUACUAUAAAUUUGAAUAAAAGGUUUCGAUCAGAAUUCGAAGAUUUGUACAGAUUCACACAUGUUAAAAGUACUAUUUUUCACACAGCAUUAUUAUUCAUAAUUACAGGAUUUUUAGAAGUUUGAUUUUUUUCAUUUUUUUUUUCUGAAAAUUCUAUUGAACUUGGUCAUGACCAAUAAAAAAAAUUUCUGGCGGAAAAAGCUUUGAAAAAUUUCGAAAAAAACCUUGAGAAAAAAAUCUAGCCCAAGUAUUCAAAUGUUUUUUUCGUUUCAACAUUAAUAAUGGGACUCUCAACUAAAAAAAAGUAAAGUGUAAAAAAAUGGUCAAAUAUUUCUCAAACUUUUUUUCCCAGAAAAUUGAAGUUGAAAUCUAAAAAUCUCUGAAAUUAAAAACCAAAAAAACUGUUAAAAAAAUUAGUUAUCAUAAUAAUUCCAUUUCCUUAUAAGCUGUUCUUCAUGUUGAUAAUGAUUGAAACUGUAAACUAUUUUUGCGAAACUUAAUAAAAUCCAAAUAUUGUCGCUUUGAAAAGAGUAUGACUAGGCGGUAAAUACAAAUAUCGGUCAAAUAUCGGCUGUUCGCGUCGGGACCCAUUGUCGGCGCGAAUGCGUGGCAACGAGAGGGGGCAGGAAAAAAGAGGUUGCCGAGCGACGUUCUUCCUUUCCUUUUGUUUUACUUAGCCUUUAUCUUUGAAUUUUUGCCAUUUAUACAUUUUUUUUUAGGAAAUGACGACGUUUCGUCGCUUUCUCUUACUUUGUUUUUUCUACCAACUGAAUACGGCUUUUUAUCUUCCCGGCUUGGCUCCCGUCAACUUUUGCGAAAAAAAUCAAAGCUCAAUUGCCCGGUAUUAUAAAUUUUCAUGACAAAAUUUACCUUAUCUGAAAGUUUCAGAGUAAUGUGACGUUAUUUGUGAACCAUUUGGACAGCGAUCGUUCCGUCAUUCCUUAUGAAUAUCACAAGUAACGAGAAAAUUUUUGUAUUUUGAAAUAUAUUUACCUCACAGAUUUGAUUUCUGCAUUGGAGAUGAAGAUGAGUCGCCCGUGGAGAACCUUGGACAAGUUCUUUUCGGAGAAAGAAUCCGUCCUGGUCCUUAUUCGGUUAGUGGUUAACCUAGAAUUUGAAAUACGAGCUUUUAUUUCAGAUUUCUUUCAAAAAAGAAGAACAGUGCCGUUUGGUGUGUCCCUCGAAAAAGUACACGAAAGGAAACUUGGACAGCAUCCAAAAGUUGAGACUUCUCCAGCGCGGAAUGGGCCUUAACUACCAGCAUCAUUGGUGGGAAUUUCUAUUUUUCCUGCUCAAUUGAAGUUCCUAUGCGUUCAGGAUUGUGGACAACAUGCCAGUGACUUUCUGCUUCCAAAACCUACAAGAAAUGGACGUCUGCACGACGGGCUUUCCAAUGGGUUGCUAUGUGGAUGACGACGGAAACGCCCAUGACGCAUGCGUUAUUGAUGUUCGUUUUUCACAAUUGAUUUUUUUUUUAACGUCCUGCCUUGGAAAAUUUUUUUUGAACCAUUUUCAACGCCUCCUCACAAGGAAGGUCAUCAUACUUUGCGUUUGGUAAUUUUCUGGAAAUUGGCCGGAAGGCUCCCUGAUGUAGCAAAUAGAGAUUCUGAAAGUUUCAAUCCGCACAACUUCCUCGUUUUUGUUAUAAAGACGUCUUAAAAUCGGAAAAGUCCUCGAACGUCGUAAAAAUAGGCUAUUUUGGGGUUUUUGGCUCUUAUUUCUCGAAAACUAGGAAUGUUUUGCAGGUUGAGACUUCUAGAAUCUUUAUCUGGUACAACAAGGAGUGCUCCGGUACAUUUUAAAAAAGUUUCCAACCGCAGAUUAAAAUGACCUCCCCUGUUAAGGUUCAAAACCUAAAAAAACUGUGAAAUUCAAGCUUAUUUUUUUCAAGUUUCAAUUAUUCUAAAAAAUUUUUUUAAGAAUAAAUUUUACCGUUAAUUUGAGAUUCCUUUUCUAGAUUCAGAAGUAUUGAAAAAAAUCGAAAAAUGUGUUUAAAACUUCUCAAUUCACAUGCCUGGUAGUCAUUCUGUCCCUCUUAAAUUUUUUUAAUUGGUACCUCUGCCAGAAUUCCAAAAAGAAUAGAAAAAAACAUCAAAAAAAUUUCAAAUUUAGGAAAAGUGGAUCCAAAGAAAGUCAAUUUAUAAGUAAACUUGAUCAAAAUGAAACUUUUUCAGCCAAACUACGACCAAAAAGGAAGCUACUACAUUUUCAACCACGUCGAUUUUGAAAUCGUCUAUAGGGACAUGCAUGACGAUGCUAAUUUCCUGGAGGAGAAGGUUUUUUCUAUCACUUACGAUGAAAAUUUCUUAAGUUUAGGUCGGAGGCCGCAUCAUUCGGAUCAACGUGAAACCUCGCUCGAUCAAACACUCAUCCGAGAGCAAACUAGACUGUUCUAGCAGCGCUCCGCCUCUCGCCAUCCGUUCUCAAGCAGAGGAUGCCGAGAUCAUCUACACUUACAGUAUCAAGUGGACGGUGAGACAUUGGCGCUUGUUGAAAUGAUUCGUGUUGAGAUGUCUCAGUUCAAGUUUCAUCCAUUUUUCGAACCAAGUAGGAAGAGGAGUAAGCUCGAAAUUGUUCAAAUAAGGCGAAAUUCCGAACCGCAACUUCUAUGAAUUUUUUUUUUUAACAUUAAAGUUUCGAGGCGAUUCUCCAUUUUACUGUUUUAAUCAAAUAAUAUCCUUUUUCCAGCCAACUAAAAUCAAAUGGUCAUCCCGGUGGGACUACAUUCUGCAAUCGAUGCCUCACACCAACAUCCAAUGGUUCUCCAUCAUGAACUCCCUUGUCAUCGUUCUGUUCCUGUCCGGAAUGGCCCGUUCUGACUGAAUCCAGAAGUUCAUUAUUUAUUUUUAGGUCGGUAUGAUUAUCAUGAGAACUCUCCAUCGCGACAUCGACGCCUACAACCGAUUGGCUACUGAUGUACGUUUAUAUUUUCAGAAGUAUUUUUUUCAAGGUAAUCGGUAUAAUAAUCAUGUACGCUUUAUAACACCUUGAAGUACAAAAAAACCGCUUGUUUUUGAAUUUCCGUUCAAUGAAAGUUAUAUUAGUUCUCAAAAAAAUGUACGCAGUUAUAAACGUUAGAAUCAGAAACCGGCUUAUAAAACGUAGUUUCAGACAUUUUGAAAAAAAAUUUCAAAAUGAGUACAAUGAUCGUCCUUGCGAGAAUAAAUGUCGGAUUAUUUUUUUCGAACCCAAAAAGAGAACCGGUUUUUAAUGAUUUUUUUAAAGGAACUCUUUUUCUUGACAUAUUUGUAGAAAUUCGGAAAACCACCUCCUCUGAAAUAUUCUGUAUCUGAACGAGUAUUAACCAUAAGAAGUUUCAAAAAAAAUGGAAAAAAAUCUUUAUUUUUUUCACAAAUCAUGAAAAACUCUUUAUGAAAUUUUUCAAAGCUAUUGUCAUACGUCAAUUUUCAGGAAGACGCUCAAGAAGAGUAUGGCUGGAAACUGGUGCAUGGAGAUGUCUUCCGCACGCCUCGAUAUCCGAUGCUUCUCUCUGUGUUCAUCGGCGCCGGAAGUCAAACUCUCCUCAUGGUUUCAGUGACCCUAGGUUCAACUCCUAUUUCUGAAAGCAUUGAAAUAAUUUUCCUAACAGUGUUCGCCUGUCUGGGCUUCCUGUCACCAGCAAAUCGCGGAUCUCUCAUUACUUUCGCUCUUGUCUUCUACGUCUUCUUCGGAAUCGUGGCAGGAUAUGUUUCCGCCAGAUUGUACAAAAGUUUGUCUCAAAAGUUUUCUCUGUAAGAUUUUUUGUUUUUCAGCGUUGCAAGGAGUUCAUUGGAAAACGAACCUCGUGAUGACUUCUUUCCUAGUCCCUGGGUAAUUACAUUUUUGAAUUAGUUUCGGAUCGUGGGGUUCAGAAUCGUUUUCACUGUGUUCUUCUUCACGAACACUUUGCUCUGGACUAAAGGAUCGUCGGCGGCUGUGCCCUUCGGAACUUUGGUAGUUCUGCUCAUUCUUUGGAUCUUUGUGGCCACUCCCAUGACCUUCAUUGGAGCGUUCUUCGGCUACAAGAAAAAGGUAGAAACAUUGAAAAUUACUUAUUUAUGAGAAAUUUCUGCAGGGAAUCGAAGCUCCGGUCAGGACCAACCAAAUCCCUCGCCAAGUGCCUGAACAAACUCUGUACACAAAGCCGCUUCCCGGAAUGCUUAUGGGCGGAAUUUUGCCGUUCGGUUGCAUUUUCAUCCAACUUUUCUUCAUCCUCAACAGCAUCUGGUUUUUUUUUAAGUUGAUCUCGUUUUUACGAUGAAAUUUCAGGGCUCAUCAAACGUAUUACAUGUUUGGAUUUUUGUUCCUGGUCUAUCUCAUUUUGAUUAUCACCUGCUCGGAAGCAACAAUUUUGCUUGCUUAUUUCCACCUUUGCGCCGAGGUCUGAUUAAUUAAAAAAAAUAAAACAAACGGGAGGAAAAUAUUUUGACAGUGGGCAAGUGAAUUUAUCUUCACAAAACUUAAGAAGUUCAGAGUGGUCUCUAUAGGGGUAACAAUAAGGGUCCUAUCUAGAGACGACUUUACUUACCCCUAUAGAAGCCACUAAAUUUCGCGAAAGUGGUCCUUAAAGGGGUUUUUUUCAGCUAGUGGCCCCUAAAGGGGACAUGCUAAUCGAUAAUUGUUAUAAACUAUAAGCCAAAAAGCAUUUCCAUGGAAAAACUGAAAAAAGAAGCAUUUUUUGAAUAAAGUUAGUUGACCCCUAUAAAGACCACUUAAGCUUUAGGGGCAAAGAGGCCAGACUCUAAACCCCUAUAAGGACCACUAGAGGUUUUUGAAAUAUGCGCAACAGAAUUUUUGUCUGACUUUGAUAGCAAGGAUUCAAGCUUCGGAACCUAUUUUAAUACUCGGAAAUCAGUUCGAAAAACUUUUCAGGACUAUCAUUGGUGGUGGAGAUCUUUCCUUACCAGUGGAUUCACAGCCGUUUACCUGUUCUUCUACUGUAUCCACUUCUUUAACACCAAGCUAGUCAUCAGCGGAACUGUGAGUAAAUUUAUCCAUUAAAAAGAAAAAAUCAUUUUUUGCAGAUUUCCACGAUUCUGUACUUUUCGUACACGGCCAUUUUCGUCUUCAUGUUCUUCCUGAUGACUGGAACCAUCGGCUUCCUGGCCACUUAUUACUUUGUUCGCAAAAUCUACGCAAUGGUGAAAGUCGACUAA